UUUCCUUUUAGAUUAUUAUUGUUAUUAUAGGACGUGUCCAGUUCAAGUUCCACGAAGGUUCAGAACCAUAAAUUUGGGGUCAAAACAGUGGGCUAAACAACUAGCCAGUUUGGUCACUUUGAAGGAAAAGAACUUGCUUAAGCAACUGGCAGCUGAAAAGAGGCGGUCAGCAACUUACAAAAAACAUCUGGAGAUGCUAUUUGAGCGUAUAGAAGGGCACAACCAAUCCAUAUCAAAGAGAAUCCAAGAUAUUGUGCCCAAUGCAAGGGAGGUGGAGAGUAGAGACCAGCAGAAUCAUAGAUAGCUCAUAGCUAGACGUUAUCCUGCCCACGCUCGUUUGGUUGUCCGAAUAGGGAAAUAAGUGAUCUCAAGAAUGCUAUUCAGGUGAAACAAACACCACAAGUUUAGUGUCUUUUUGGUAUAAACUGUUUCUUUUAUUUACUCCUUAUAUGGUUUAGGAAGAGAAUCAAAUGUUAAGCUCCUGCAAUGUCCUUUUCUGUUUCAUCUUGUAUGUAAAAAAAAAUUCUUGUAGUGUAGCAAUCAAAGUUCAUAGGAACAGGCCACCAUAUAUAUUUAAUGAAAUUUGAAUCUCUCAUGAGAAUGAAAUCUUUAAUCUCUAACAUAGAUUUCUUAUAUUUGAUGCCCUUGAUGUUAAACCACAUGUUGUAUUGUCCAGAAUAACACUUGAUGCAAGUGAGCUGUGGUCCAGUGGUUUCAUGCACCCUCUGGCCUCUGCCCUUCCCCACCAUGGCCCAAUCUCAUUUGUACCAAGUUGUUCCAAAAAGCUAUUAUUGGACUUUUUUAUACUACGUACUAAAUGUUUUAGAAUGUGUUGUUGAAUUGUGGGGAUAGUCUGGCUUAUGCUGCAUUUUAUUAGAUAUAAUGAGAUAUCAACACAGUUUCUUGGAAUUAAUAAACCAUAUUAAGAGUAACCAAAUAGGA